AUGGCGAUGGCCGGCCUGUGCUCCGAUGGGCGCGGCAUCAUCCUGGUGACCUGCCUGGGCGCCUACUUCUUGUCAAUGGCCAUGAUCUACCAGAUGAGUCCCUUCUUUGAGGUCUACGCGCGGGAAAGCUGCGGCGCCAGCACCGUGACGGUGGGCUUCAUCUUCGCCGCGAUGCCGGCUGCCAGCUUCCUCGGGAACUUGGCCAUGGACGGCCUGAUCCGAAGAUUCGGAGUGGAAGUGAUGAUGAACUUCGGGCUCAUCCUGCUGGCGGUGAGCUCUUUGGGCUUUGGAUUAUCCAAGGGUGUCCCGGCAUGGCUCUGCUGGCGUGCCAUGCAGGGCCUUGCCACCGCCCCCAUCUACACCUCCAUCAGCACCCGACUGGCGCGGAGCUUCACGGGCACUGACUUCCAUCGCGUGGUGGGCUUGCAGGAAGUCUGCGGCAACGUUGGGGUCACAGUUGGCCCCUUGCUGGGCGGAAUUCUUUUCCAGUAUGGCGGCUUCUCCUUGCCCUUCAUCAGCAGCGCCGGUCUGCACCUGCUCUUUGUGGGCAUCUCUUUGAGUUCCUUGCUUUGCAAGACUCCAAAGGACUCCGACCCAGAGGCGCCCGCACCAGAGGCGGCCGGUCCGGCCGGUCCGGUGGUCCCGGUGCCAAGUGGCGUGGAAGCCUCGGACGGUGUCACCAUUUGCUCCGUGGCCAGCGCACGACUGCUGCUGCUGGCGGGGAUUCCCACCUUGUGCCUCGGGGUUUGGGGCGGCUUCGAGCCGCUGCUGGCGCAUCAUUUCGUCGGAGUGUUGGGGGAGAUUGACCACACCUUGAUCGGCUUCUUGAUGUCGCUGUCGGCGAUUCCCAGCACCUUUGCCGCCAUGGUGGUGCCUAACUUGUUGAGACGCUUCAAGGCGAAAUUGCUCAUGGCUGGCGGCUUGAUGAUCUACGGCUUGGGCUGCUUUUCUCUGGGCAGCUGGGGGUUUCUGAGUGCUUGGGCUUCUCAGAUUGCAGGUCUUCUGCUCAUCGGUUGCGGCUGGGGGCUGUGCUGGACCCCCGUGUUGCCAAGCAUGUUGGACGCCGCCGCUUCCAAGCACCUCAGCACCAAGUCCGGCGCUGACUUGGAGGCGGCCCGCCACGCGGUGAGCCCUGCGGUGAGCUCCGUCUUCAACGCCGCGGCCGCCCUGGGCGAGGCCGUGGGCCCGCUGCUCGGCACCUGGCUGCUGCCCCACAACUUCCAACUGGGCACCUACGUCAUUGCCAUCUUCCUGGUGGUCUUUGCUUGCUGCACCUUUUGGAGUGAUCCAGGCGGCGAGAGCGUGCCCACGGGCCUGGUGUGGCCAUCCCCGGAGGCCGAGGAGAAGCUGCGAGAGGUGGAUGGCAUCAAGCUGUAUCCCACCCACGCCUGGAAGGAUGACAUGGAGCCGAUCCUCGACUCCAAGGCCAAGCUUGAGGACACGCCGGUGAUCGUUGGCGUGGCCGCUGACUCCGGCUGUGGAAAGUCCACCUUCCUGCGCCGCAUCCUGGGCGCGCUGGGUACCGAGGUGCAGCCCGGGCACACGGCCAUUGGGGACAUGAUGACCGUGAUCUGCCUGGAUGACUACCACACCAACGACCGCGCCGGAAGAAAGGCCACGGGGCUCACGGCGCUGGACGCCCGGGAGAACGACUUCGACCUGAUGGGCGUGCAGAUCGAGGCCCUCAAGAAGGGCAAGGCCGUGUACAAGCCCAUCUACAACCACGACACCGGCAACAAGGACCCUCCGGAGCUCAUCGAGCCCAACAAGGUGAUGGUGUUCGAAGGCCUCCACCCCAUCUACGACGAGAAGGCUCGUUCUCAGCUGGACCUCGCCAUCUACAUCGACAUCGUGAACGACGUGAAGUUCGCCUGGAAGGUGCAGCGCGACGUGGAGGAGCGCGGCUGGACCGAGGAUCAGGUGCGCGAGGACAUCGAGAAGCGCUUGCCGGACUUCUCCAAGUACGUGGACCCGCAGAAGGCCAACGCGGACGUGGUGCUGCGUUACGAGCCUUCGGAUCAGGGCCUGCCAUACCUCAAGGUGAAGCUGAUCCAGAAGAAGGGCGGCAACUUCCCCAUGGUGACGUUGAAGAAGGACCUGGAGCUCAAGGGUUCCAAGCCAGGAGCCACGCUGAAGAUGUACGAUGACGACUGGUUCGGCAACGAGGUGACGGUGGUGGAGAUGGACGGGGAGAUCGACAUGGAGAACAUGGAGGAGCAGCUCCAGGAGAUCGAGUCCAACAUGGAGGGCCUGGGCGCCAAGAAGGAGGGUGAGUUCACUGAGGCGAUGGUGUCCCUGAAGAGCAGCCCCGGGUCCCAGAACGGCACCGGCAUGCUGCAGACCGUGAUCGCUAUGAAGGUGAGGGAGAUCUAUGAGAAGAUCACUGGCAAGGUCGCGAGCAUGGCGUAGAGCUUCGGCCCCGAGUGCGCCGGGGUUGAGAGCCCGACCAUACGGCUGCCACGCACCCCCGAGUGCGCACAUUGGAAAAGCCGCCCGCCAAUCUGGGA